UCCCCUCGGAGCCGGGAUUCCGUGGUCCACGGGCGGGGACGGUAACGGGCUGUGGGCCGCCGAGGUGCGCCACCGCGAUGAGCUUGAAAGAUGAUGACAGUGGGGACCACGAUCAGAAUGAAGAAAACAGCACACAGAAAGAUGGUGAGAAGGAAAAAAUGGAACGAGACAAGAGCCAGAGCAGCAGUAAGAGGAAGGCUGUUGUCCCUGGACCGGCAGAGCAUCCCCUACAGUACAACUAUAUUUUCUGGUACUCCAGGAGGACUCCAGGCCGUCCCACCAGCUCCCAGAGUUAUGAGCAGAAUAUCAAGCAGAUCGGCACCUUUGCCUCUGUGGAGCAGUUCUGGAGGUUUUAUAGCCACAUGGUGCGGCCUGGGGACCUGACAGGCCACAGUGACUUCCAUCUCUUCAAGGAAGGAAUUAAGCCCAUGUGGGAGGAUGAUGCAAAUGAAAAUGGCGGCAAGUGGAUCAUUCGGCUGCGGAAGGGCUUGGCCUCCCGUUGCUGGGAGAACCUCAUCCUGGCCAUGCUAGGAGAACAGUUCAUGGUUGGGGAGGAGAUCUGUGGGGCUGUGGUCUCUGUCCGCUUUCAGGAGGACAUUAUUUCCAUAUGGAAUAAGACUGCCAGCGACCAAGCCACCACAGCCCGAAUUCGGGAUACACUUCGGCGUGUGCUUAACCUACCUCCCAACACCAUAUGGAAUACAAAACUCACACCGACAGCAUCAAAAUGCCAGGCAGGCUGGGCCCCCAAAGGCUCCUUUUUCAAAACCUCUGGAAGCCGCGAUUGAAUGUGCCAUGACCCUCUCACUCUCUGGAUGGCACCAUCAUUGAAGCUGGCGUCAUGGGAGUCUCUUGUUCUGUUGGCGUGCCGCCUCGAAGACCCUUCUGUCCCCGACAAGAGGAAUGAAUGGAAGAGCAUGCUAUGCUUUGAGAACAGGCUGACACACAGCAGCUUACAACAACAGCUGAGAUCACAAAUAAAUGGUGCUAAACUA